AAUUUAAAAAAAACUGCAAUACCCUUCAUUAUAAUAGGACGAUUAAACGAGGUGAACUGUUGAUUAAAGAUUGUGUUAAACUCACUAUAUUAUAAAAAAACAGUUACUAAAAGCUGGGGAAAACAUCCAAAGGCUUUGGUCUUUUGUUCAUCUACGUUUAACGUUAAUUUUACACAUAAUAGUAGUCAUUCAACCAAAUAAUUCAAAUUCUGGUCACAAUAACACGAUUGAAAAGCAUCCAUGCUAAACGCUUUACAAAGUAAACGAGCUUUAUCGCUCAAGGGUUGAUGUAUGAUGGUGGUAGAUUUUAUUUUAACUUAAUAAAAGGCAAACUAAAGUGAAAGUCAGUUCAACUGUAGCUUUUAUCACUGUGUUGUUGUUAAAAGUUAUUUUUGUGAAGAGCGUGUGUAUAUCAUCUAUAGUCUGGGAGAAGGGUCAUGAAAGACUGCGAGGGUGGCGAAUGACCAUCUUUGGCGCCUCUGGUAUUUUCUUGCAGUGGUCAGUGUUGUCCACGCGGCUUUGUCUCUGGCCUCGACCACUUCUAUUCUCAGCUUAGUCCCUUGCUACCAAUCUUUUGUCACUGGGUUGUAUAGUGGAGAGGGUUGGGUGACGCGAUGAGGGUGGCCGACCAGUAUUUCAAAGCCUCACGUUGGUUUGAAACCAUUGCAAACGACGGCUACGAAGCCUCUCUCGUCUGAGAAACAAAAAACACAUUUUCCGCCCGACGGACGUAAACUAACGCCAUGACGUAACCAGCAGCAUUUUGGACAAAAGCUAUCGAAACAUGACGAAGUGUAGCAUUUCGAGAAACUUCAUGUCUCUGAAAACCAGCGAAUAAUUUUAUUCCAUUAAUAUUUUCUUUACAUAGAUAAAAAACCGCAUGACUUUUUUUCGAUAUUAUAACUUGAUUGGAUGAAUUAAGUGUUAAGCUCAACAUUAUUAUUCUGAUAUCGGGGCCUUUUUCAUUUCUUGCCCCGCUGUUACACUGACUCUAAAUCGCUCCUUUAUGAAAAUGAUUUAUUUUUCAUCAAAUCUAUUUUGAUUUUUUUUUUACUUAUUGCAUAUGAAUCAUCAAUAUUAAUCUACCACACACAAGGUUUGGUCUUGAACUAGACUCAACAGCAGUUCGUUCGCACAGUUGAUUACAUCGGAUUGUUUGGAAGAACAAGGAUGAACAGUAUGUGGAGACUUUUCUUCUAGAACUUCAAAAAUCGCUGAUAAAUCUCCAAUAUUUCUUUGUCAUGCUACGUUUGUUUUGAUAACUUGGAAUUUGAAUGUAUUUUCCCUGACAAAGCCAGUCGGUUGUUCUAUCCUACAUUGAUGUAUUCGUUUGACGUUGGAAAGAUGAAUUCUAUGCUAGAUGGAUAUGGCGACUACCAGCAUAUAUCAUCUCGGUCUGCCUUUACAGAGAUCCAGCACCAGGCAGCAAUGCCUUAUCAUCACGCUACCGGGACGGGGGCGCCGUCCCACUACCCCCGUCCAAUGCCUUACGGUGCAGCGACAAGAAGACCCAUGACGAACUCUAGCGCUGCCGAUACUCACCCGUCUCUGAGCGGGAUGGGUCCGAUGGGUCAGACAAGGCAUUACGGCUAUCAUUUCAUGAACUCUCCUAUCGCCGGACAUCCUCCAAUAUACGAUCAUCCUGAUCAAAUCACAUCAUUAUCAUCAAAAGAAGGUUUAUUAGAUCAUAAGAAUGAGAGUGAAACGUCGAUUGAGACCAAACUGAGUUUAAGGGGAAAGAAACUAAGAAAACCUCGAACGAUCUAUACCAGCUUACAACUGCAACAGCUCAAUCAAAGGUUCCACCAGACUCAGUACUUAGCCUUACCGGAGCGAGCCGAGCUAGCUGCAUCGCUUGGUCUCACUCAAACUCAAGUGAAGAUAUGGUUUCAAAAUCGACGCUCGAAAUAUAAAAAGAUAUUGAAACAGCAAAACCAAUCCAACAACAACAAUAAUACGUCGCACCCCGAGAUGAGCCAACAGGUUCCUCAAAGCCAGCCACAACACGAUAUCCAGACACCACCUACUACCCCACAUACUAGACAACAACAAUUACCACCUCAGCCACCUCAACAGACUCAAGAUGCGCCACCACACCAGCAUCAACCGUCCACACCCAUGGGGCAUGUUGACAUGCAUAAAGCCUCCCCGCCGCUCGCCCAAGCGGCACAGCAUGCUACGCACCAUCUCAAUCAACAGCAUCACAUGACCAUGAAUCAUCCACUCAGUCCCCCCGGUGUGUCGGCGAGCAUGCCUUCAGCGGUCCGGUGGGAGGCCGCAGACUCGGGUCGCAGCAGCGGAGGUAGCAUCGCGGGAAAUGCCAUUAGCGUCGGAAAUAGUGGUCAUCCGGGAAUGGACAUGUCUGUCCAUUCGAGAGAUAAUUAUUAUCCGUCACAUGCAUCGCAACAUUCGUCUACACCCCACCCUUAUUCACAUCAUCAUCACCACCACCACCAUCCCCACCCCCAAUACCCUAGCUGGUAUGGUCAAGACGUGGAUCCACGUUCGCAAUACCAGGGCGUGGCACCUAUGGCGCCGCAUAUAUAACGCCAUUUUCUCUACAUAAUACAACCAUCAGGGAAAUAUGUGGUUUCAGACAUUCUUUUUCACAGUUAUGAUAAGCAUUUGGAAUCGAGUUUAAAUCUAAAGCUGUGCAAUUUAUGCGGUAUUGACACUGAGAAUGGACAUUUGGAUAUACUAAGAGACGCACGAUCACCUAAGUAUUGUACAGAGGCUAUCUCACAUCGUGACAGACAACAAAUUAAUUUGUGUUUGAAACGAUAUGCACGCACAUGUCAUGAUUGAAAACCUGGUUUUAAUGUUGCAAAAUAUUGCUGAUAACGGAUGUGU